AUGGGGCGGGCUUUCCAUCACCCCGCCCCAUUCUCCCGCUUUCCAUCACCCCGCCCCAUUCUCCCUCUUUCCAUCACCCCGCCCUGUUCUCCCACUUUCCAUCACCCCGCCCCAUUCUCCCACUUUCCAUCACCCCGCCCCAUUCUCCCGCUUUCCAUCACCCCGCCCCAUUCUCCCGCUUUCCAUCACCCCGCCCCAUUCUCCUGCAUUCCAUCACCCCGCCCCAUUCUCCCGCUUUCCAUCACCCCACCCCAUUCUCCCUCCUUCCAUCACCCCGCCCCAUUCUCCCUCCUUCCAUCACCCUGCCCCAUUCUCUUGCUUUCCAUCACCCCGACCCAUUCUCCCUCCUUCCAUCACCCCGCCCCAUUCUCCCGCUUUCCAUCACCCCGCCCCAUUCUCCCGCUUUCCAUCACCCCGCCCCAUUCUUCCGCUUUCCAUCACCCCACCCCAUUCUCCCUCCUUCCAUCACCCCGCCCCAUUCUCCCUCCUUCCAUCACCCCGCCCCAUUCUCUUGCUUUCCAUCACCCCGCCCCGUUCUCCCGCUUUCCAUCACCCCGCCCCGUUCUCCCUCAUUCCAUCACCCCACCCCAGUCUCCCUCCUUCCAUCACCCUCCCCCAUUCUCCCGCUUUCCAUCACCCCGCCCCAUUCUCCCUCUUUCCAUCAUCCCGGCCCAUUCUCUUGCUUUCCAUCACCCCGCCCCAUUCUCCCUCUUUCCAUCACCCCGCCUUAUUCUCCCUCUUUCCAUCGCCCCGCCCCAUUCUCCCUCUUUCCAUCACCCCGCCCCAUUCUCCCGCUUUCCAUCACCCCGCCCCAUUCUCCCGCUUUCUAUCACCCCGCUCCAUUCUUCCGCUUUCCAUCACCUCGCCCCAUUCUCCCGCUUUCUAUCACCCCGCCCCAUUCUCCCUCUUUCCUUCACCCCGCCCCAUUCUCCCGCUUCCCAUCACCCCGCCCCAUUCUCCCUCUUCCCAUCACCCCGCCCCAUUCUCCCGCUUUCGAUCACCCCGCCCAAUUCUCCCGCUUUCCAUCACCCCGCCCUAUUCUCCCGCUUUCCUUCACCCCGCCCCAUUCCCCCGCUUCCCAUCACCCCGGCCCAUUCGCCCUCUUCCCAUCACCCCGCCUCAUUCUCCCGCUUUCCAUCACCCCGCCCCAUUCUCCCGCUUUCCAUCACCCCGCCCCAUUCUCCCUCUUUCCGUCACCCCACCCCAUUCUCCUGCAUUCCAUCACCCCGCCCCAUUCUCCCUCUUUCCAUAACCCUGCCCCAUUCUCCCGCUUUCCAUCACCCCGCCCCAUUCUCCCGCUUUCCAUCACCCCGCCCCAUUCUCCCGCUUUCCAUCACCCCGCCCAUUCUCCCGCUUUCCAUCACCCCGCCCCAUUCUCCCGCUUUCCAUCACCCCGCCCCAUUCUCCCGCUUUCCAUCACCCCGCCCCAUUCUCCCACUUUCCAUCACCCCGCUCCAUUCUCCCGCUUUCCAUCACCCCGCCCCAUUCUCCCGCUUUCUAUCACCCCGCCCCAUUCUCCCUCUUUCCUUCACCCUGCCCCAUUCUCCCGCUUCCCAUCACCCCGCCCCAUUCUCCCUCUUCCCAUCACCCUGCCCCAUUCUCCCGCUUUCGAUCACCCCGCCCCAUUCUCCCACUUUCCAUAACCCCGCCCCAUUCUCCCGCUUUCCAUCACCCCGCCCCGUUCUCCCGCUUUCCAUCACCCCGCCCCAUUCUCCCUCUUUCCAUCACCCCGCCCCAUUCUCCCGCUUUCCAUCACCCCGCCCCAUUCUCCUGCUUUCCAUCACCCCGCCCCAUUCUCCCGCUUUCCAUCAUCCCGCCCCAUUCUCCCGCUUUCCAUCACCCCGCCCCGUUCUCCAACUUUCCAUCACCCCGCCCCAUUCUCCCGCUUUCCAUCACCCCGCCCCAUUCUCCCGCUUUCCAUCACCCCGCCCCAUUCUCCCGCCUUCCAUCACCCCGCCCCAUUCUCCCGCUUUCCAUCACCCCGCCCAUUCUCCCGCUUUUCAUCACCUUGCCCCAUUCUCCGGAUUUCCAUCACCCCGCCCCAUUCUCUCGCUUUCCAUCACCCCGCCCCAUUCUCCCGCUUUCCAUCACCCCGCCCCAUUCUCCCUCUUUCCAUCACCCCGCCCCCAUUUUCCCGCUUUCCAUCACCUCGCCCCAUUCUCCCGCUUUCCAUUACCCCGCCCCAUUCUCCCGCUUUCCAUCAACCCACCCAUUCUCCUGCUUUCCAUCACCCCGCCCCAUUCUCCAGCUUUCCAUCACCCCGCCCCAUUCUCCCUCUUUCCAUCACCCCGCCCGAUUCUCCCUCUUUCCAUCACCCCGCCCCAUUCUUUCCAUCACCCCGCCCCAUUCUCCCGCUUUCCAUCACCCCGCCCCAUUCUCCCUCUUUCCAUCACCCCGCCCCAUUCUCCCUCUUUCCAUCACCCCGCCCCAUUCUCCCGAUUUCCAUCACCCCUCCCCAUUCUCCCGCUUUCCAUCACCCCGCCCCAUUCUCCCGCUUUCCAUCACUCCACCCCAUUCUCCCGCUUUCCAUCACCCCGCCCCAUUCUCCCGCUUUCCAUCACCCUGCCCCAUUCUCCCUCCUUCCAUCACCCCGCCUCAUUCUCCCUCCUUCCAUCACCCCGCCCUUUUCUCCCGCUUCCCAUCAGCCCGCCCCAUUCUCCCGCUUCCCAUCACCCCGCCCCAUUCUCCCGCUUUCCAUCACCCCGCCCCAUUCUCCCGCAUUCCAUCACCCCGCCCCAUUCUCCCGCUUUCCAUAACCCCGCCCCAUUCUCCCGCUUUCCAUCACCCCGCCCCAUUCUCCCGCUUUCCAUCACUCCACCCCAUUCUCCCGCUUUCCAUCACCCCGCCCCAUUCUCCCGCUUUCCAUCACCCCGCCCCAUUCUCCCGCUUUCCAUCACCCCGCCUCAUUCUCCCUCCUUCCAUCACCCCGCCCCAUACUCCCGCUUUCCAUCACCCCGCCCCAUUCUCCCGCCUCCCAUCACCCCGCCCCAUUCUCCCGCUUUCCAUCACCCCGCUCCAUUCUCCCGCAUUCCAUCACCCCGCCCCAUUCUCCCGCUUUCCAUAACCCCGCCCCAUUCUCCUGCUUUCCAUCACCCCGCCACAUUCUCCCACUUUCCAUCACCCCGCCCCAUUCUCCCUCCUUCCAUCACCCGCCCCAUUCUCCCUCCUUCCAUCACCCCACCCCAUUCUCCCUCCUUCCAUCACCCCGCCCCAUUCUCCCGCUUUCCAUCAACCGGCCCCAUUCUCCUGCUUUCCAUCACCACGCCUCAUUCUCCCGCUUUCCAUCACCCCGCCCCAUUCUCCCGCUUUCCAUCACCCCGCCCCAUUCUCCCGCUUUCCAUCACCCCGCCCCAUUCUCCCGCUUUCCAUCACUCUACCCCAUUCUCCCGCUUUCCAUCACCCCGCCCCAUUCUCCCGCUUUCCAUCACCCCGCCCCAUUCUCCCUCCUUCCAUCACCCCGCCUCAUUCUCCCUCCUUCCAUCACCCCGCCCCAUUCUCCCGCUUUCCAUCACCCCGCCCCAUUCUCCCGCUUCCCAUCACCCCGCCCCAUUCUCCCGCUUUCCAUCACCCCGCCCCAUUCUCCCGCAUUCCAUCACCCCGCCCCAUUCUCCCGCUUUCCAUAACCCCGCCCCAUUCUCCUGCUUUCCAUCACCCCGCCACAUUCUCCCACUUUCCAUCACCCCGCCCCAUUCUCCCUCCUUCCAUCACCCGCCCCAUUCUCCCUCCUUCCAUCACCCCACCCCAUUCUCCCUCCUUCCAUCACACGGCCCCAUUCUCCCGCUUUCCAUCAACCUGCCCCAUUCUCCCGCUUUCCAUCACCACGCCUCAUUCUCCCGCUUUCCAUCACCCCGCCCCAUUCUCCCGCUUUCCAUCACCCCGCCCCAUUCUCCCUCUUUCCAUCACCCCGCCCCAUUCUCCCGCUUUCCAUCACCCCGCCCCAUUCUCCCUCCUUCCAUCACCCCGCCCCAUUCUCCCGCAUUCCUUGACCCCGCCCCAUUCUCCCGCAAUCCAUCACCCCGCCCCAUUCUCCCGCUUUCUUUCACCCCGCCCCAUUCUCCCGCUUUCCAUCACCCCGCCCCAUUCUCCCUCCUUCCAUCACCCCGCUUCAUUUUCCCUCCUUCCAUCACCCCGCACCAUUCUCCCGCCUUCCAUCACCCCGCCCCAUUCUCCCUCCUUCCAUCACCCCGCCCCAUUCUCCUUCCUUCCAUCACCCUGCCCCAUUCUCCCGCUUUCCAUCACCCCGCCCCAUUCUCCCGCUUUCCAUCACCCCGCCCCAUUCUCCCUCUUUCAAUCACCCCGCCCCAUUCUCCCGCUUUCCAUCACCCCGCCCCGUUCUCCCGCUUUCCAUCACCCCGCCCCAUUCUCCCGCUUUCCAUCACCCCGCCCCAUUCUCCCGCUUUUCAUCACCCCGCCCCAUUCUCCCGCUUUCCAUCACCCUGUCCCAUUCUCCCUCUUUCCAUCACCCCGCUCCAUUCUCCCGCUUUCCAUCACCCCGCCCUAUUCUCCCUCUUUCCAUCACCCCUCCCUAUUCUCCCUCUUUCCAUCACCCCGCCCCAUUCUCCCGCUUUCCAUCACCCCGCCCCAUUCUCCCGCUUUCCAUCACCCCGCCCCAUUCUCCCGCUUUCCAUCACCCCGCCCCAUUCUCCCCCUUUCCAUCACCCCACCACAUUCUCCUGCUUUCCAUCACCCUGCCCCAUUCUCCCUCUUUCCAUCACCCCGCCCCGUUCUCCCGCUUUCCAUCACCCCGCCCCAUUCUCCCGCUUUCCAUCACCCCGCCCCAUUCUCCCUCUUUCCAUCACCCCGCCCCCUUUCCAUCACCCCGCCCCAUUCUCCCUCUUUCCAUCACCCCGCCCGAUUCUCCCUCUUUCCAUCACCCCGCCCCAUUGUCCCUCUUUCCAUCACCCCGCCCCAUUCUCCCGCUUUCCAUCACCCCGCCCCAUUCUUUCGAUUUCCAUCACCCCGCCCCAUUCUCCUGCCUCUUUCCAUCACCCCGCCCCAUUCUCCCGCUUUCCAUCACCCCGCCCCAUUCUCCCGCUUUCCAUCACCCCGCCCCAUUCUCCCGCUUUCCAUCACCCCGCCCCAUUCUCCUGCCUCUUUCCAUCACCCCACCCCGUUCUCCAGCUUUCCAUCACCCCGCCCCAUUCUCCCGCUUUCCAUCACCCCGCCCCAUUCUCCCUCUUUCCAUCACCCCGCCCCAUUCUCCCUCGUUCCAUCACCCCGCCCCAUUCUCCCGAUUUCCAUCACCCCUCCCCAUUCUCCCGCUUUCCAUCACCCCGCCCCAUUCUCCCGCUUUCCAUCACUCCACCCCAUUCUCCCGCUUUCCAUCACCCCGCCCCAUUCUCCCGCUUUCCAUCACCCUGCCCCAUUCUCCCUCCUUCCAUCACCCCGCCUCAUUCUCCCUCCUUCCAUCACCCCGCCCCUUUCUCCCGCUUCCCAUCAGCCCGCCCCAUUCUCCCGCUUCCCAUCACCCCGCCCCAUUCUCCCGCUUUCCAUCACCCCGCCCCAUUCUCCCGCAUUCCAUCACCCCGCCCCAUUCUCCCGCUUUCCAUAACCCCGCCCCAUUCUCCCGCUUUCCAUCACCCCGCCCCAUUCUCCCGCUUUCCAUCACUCCACCCCAUUCUCCCGCUUUCCAUCACCCCGCCCCAUACUCCCGCUUUCCAUCACCCCGCCCCAUUCUCCCGCUUCCCAUCACCCCGCCCCAUUCUCCCGCUUUCCAUCACCCCGCCCCAUUCUCCCGCAUUCCAUCACCCCGCCCCAUUCUCCCGCUUUCCAUCACCCCGCCCCAUUCUCCUGCUUUCCAUCACCCCGCCACAUUCUCCCACUUUCCAUCACCCCGCCCCAUUCUCCCUCCUUCCAUCACCCGCCCCAUUCUCCCUCCUUCCAUCACCCCACCCCAUUCUCCCUCCUUCCAUCACCCCGCCCAAUUCUCCCGCUUUCCAUCAACCUGCCCCAUUCUCCCGCUUUCCAUCACCACGCCUCAUUCUCCCGCUUUCCAUCACCCCGGCCCAUUCUCCCGCUUUCCAUCACCCCGCCCCAUUCUCCCGCUUUCCAUCACCCCGCCCCAUUCUCCCGCUUUCCAUCACUCCACCCCAUUCUCCCGCUUUCCAUCACCCCGCCCCAUUCUCCCGCUUUCCAUCACCCCGCCCCAUUCUCCCUCCUUCCAUCACCCCGCCUCAUUCUCCCUCCUUCCAUCACCCCGCCCCAUUCUCCCGCUUUCCAUCACCCCGCCCCAUUCUCCCGCUUCCCAUCACCCCGCCCCAUUCUCCCGCUUUCCAUCACCCCGCCCCAUUCUCCCGCAUUCCAUCACCCCGCCCCAUUCUCCCGCUUUCCAUAACCCCGCCCCAUUCUCCUGCUUUCCAUCACCCCGCCACAUUCUCCCACUUUCCAUCACCCCGCCCCAUUCUCCCUCCUUCCAUCACCCGCCCCAUUCUCCCUCCUUCCAUCACCCCACCCCAUUCUCCCUCCUUCCAUCACACGGCCCCAUUCUCCCGCUUUCCAUCAACCUGCCCCAUUCUCCCGCUUUCCAUCACCACGCCUCAUUCUCCCGCUUUCCAUCACCCCGCCCCAUUCUCCCGCUUUCCAUCACCCCGCCCCAUUCUCCCUCUUUCCAUCACCCCGCCCCAUUCUCCCGCUUUCCAUCACCCCGCCCCAUUCUCCCUCCUUCCAUCACCCCGCCCCAUUCUCCCUCCUUCCAUCACCCCGCCCCAUUCUCCCGCAAUCCAUCACCCCGCCCCAUUCUCCCGCUUUCUAUCACCCCGCCCCAUUCUCCCGCUUUCCAUCACCCCGCCCCAUUCUCCCUCCUUCCAUCACCCCGCUUCAUUUUCCCUCCUUCCAUCACCCCGCACCAUUCUCCCGCCUUCCAUCACCCCGCCCCAUUCUCCCUCCUUCCAUCACCCCGCCCCAUUCUCCUUCCUUCCAUCACCCUGCCCCAUUCUCCCGCUUUCCAUCACCCCGCCCCAUUCUCCCGCUUUCCAUCACCCCGCUCCAUUCUCCCUCUUUCAGUCACCCCGCCCCAUUCUCCCGCUUUCCAUCACCCCGCCCCGUUCUCCCGCUUUCCAUCACCCCGCCCCAUUCUCCCGCUUUCCAUCACCCCGCCCCAUUCUCAUGCUUUUCAUCACCCCGCCCCAUUCUCCCGCUUUCCAUCACCCCGUCCCAUUCUCCCUCUUUCCAUCACCCCGCUCCAUUCUCCCGCUUUCCAUCACCCCGCCCUAUUCUCCUUCUUUCCAUCACCCCUCCCUAUUCUCCCUCUUUCCAUCACCCCGCCCUAUUCUCCCGCUUUCCAUCACCCCGCCCCAUUCUCCCGCUUUCCAUCACCCCGCCCCAUUCUCCCGCUUUCCAUCACCCCGCCCCAUUCUCCCCCUUUCCAUCACCCCACCACAUUCUCCCGCUUUCCAUCACCCCGCCCCAUUCUCCCUCUUUCCAUCACCCCGCCCCGUUCUCCCGCUUUCCAUCACCCCGCCCCAUUCUCCUGCUUUCCAUCACCCCGCCCCAUUCUCCCUCUUUCCAUCACCCCGCCCCGCUCUCCCGCUUACCAUCACCCCGCCCCAUUCUCCCGCUUUCCAUCACCCCGCCCCAUUCUCCCGCAUUCCAUCACCCCGCCCCAUUCUCCCGCUUUCCAUCACCCCGCCCCAUUCUCCUGCUUUCCAUCACCCCGCCACAUUCUCCCACUUUCCAUCACCCCGCCCCAUUCUCCCUCCUUCCAUCACCCGCCCCAUUCUCCCUCCUUCCAUCACCCCACCCCAUUCUCCCUCCUUCCAUCACCCCGCCCAAUUCUCCCGCUUUCCAUCAACCUGCCCCAUUCUCCCGCUUUCCAUCACCACGCCUCAUUCUCCCGCUUUCCAUCACCCCGGCCCAUUCUCCCGCUUUCCAUCACCCCGCCCCAUUCUCCCGCUUUCCAUCACCCCGCCCCAUUCUCCCGCUUUCCAUCACUCCACCCCAUUCUCCCGCUUUCCAUCACCCCGCCCCAUUCUCCCGCUUUCCAUCACCCCGCCCCAUUCUCCCUCCUUCCAUCACCCCGCCUCAUUCUCCCUCCUUCCAUCACCCCGCCCCAUUCUCCCGCUUUCCAUCACCCCGCCCCAUUCUCCCGCUUCCCAUCACCCCGCCCCAUUCUCCCGCUUUCCAUCACCCCGCCCCAUUCUCCCGCAUUCCAUCACCCCGCCCCAUUCUCCCGCUUUCCAUAACCCCGCCCCAUUCUCCUGCUUUCCAUCACCCCGCCACAUUCUCCCACUUUCCAUCACCCCGCCCCAUUCUCCCUCCUUCCAUCACCCCCCCCAUUCUCCCUCCUUCCAUCACCCCACCCCAUUCUCCCUCCUUCCAUCACACGGCCCCAUUCUCCCGCUUUCCAUCAACCUGCCCCAUUCUCCCGCUUUCCAUCACCACGCCUCAUUCUCCCGCUUUCCAUCACCCCGCCCCAUUCUCCCGCUUUCCAUCACCCCGCCCCAUUCUCCCUCUUUCCAUCACCCCGCCCCAUUCUCCCGCUUUCCAUCACCCCGCCCCAUUCUCCCUCCUUCCAUCACCCCGCCCCAUUCUCCCUCCUUCCAUCACCCCGCCCCAUUCUCCCGCAAUCCAUCACCCCGCCCCAUUCUCCCGCUUUCUAUCACCCCGCCCCAUUCUCCCGCUUUCCAUCACCCCGCCCCAUUCUCCCUCCUUCCAUCACCCCGCUUCAUUUUCCCUCCUUCCAUCACCCCGCACCAUUCUCCCGCCUUCCAUCACCCCGCCCCAUUCUCCCUCCUUCCAUCACCCCGCCCCAUUCUCCUUCCUUCCAUCACCCUGCCCCAUUCUCCCGCUUUCCAUCACCCCGCCCCAUUCUCCCGCUUUCCAUCACCCCGCUCCAUUCUCCCUCUUUCAGUCACCCCGCCCCAUUCUCCCGCUUUCCAUCACCCCGCCCCGUUCUCCCGCUUUCCAUCACCCCGCCCCAUUCUCCCGCUUUCCAUCACCCCGCCCCAUUCUCCCGCUUUUCAUCACCCCGCCCCAUUCUCCCGCUUUCCAUCACCCCGUCCCAUUCUCCCUCUUUCCAUCACCCCGCUCCAUUCUCCCGCUUUCCAUCACCCCGCCCUAUUCUCCUUCUUUCCAUCACCCCUCCCUAUUCUCCCUCUUUCCAUCACCCCGCCCUAUUCUCCCGCUUUCCAUCACCCCGCCCCAUUCUCCCGCUUUCCAUCACCCCGCCCCAUUCUCCCGCUUUCCAUCACCCCGCCCCAUUCUCCCCCUUUCCAUCACCCCACCACAUUCUCCCGCUUUCCAUCACCCCGCCCCAUUCUCCCUCUUUCCAUCACCCCGCCCCGUUCUCCCGCUUUCCAUCACCCCGCCCCAUUCUCCUGCUUUCCAUCACCCCGCCCCAUUCUCCCUCUUUCCAUCACCCCGCCCCGCUCUCCCGCUUACCAUCACCCCGCCCCAUUCUCCCGCUUUCCAUCACCCCGCCCCAUUCUCCCUCUUUCCAUCACCCCGCCCCAUUCUCCCUCUUUCCAUCACCCCGCCCCAUUCUCCUGA